UGCUACGCAUUUGCUUCUCAUCGGAUAAUGCUCAAGGCAUCGUUGCAGUGAUCACCUCAACAAAUUUCGUCGAAAUCUCCGCGAUAAAUCUCUCUUCUUAUUUCGAGAUGCAAAUCUUCGUGAAGACUCUUACUGGAAAGACCAUCACGCUCGAGGUUGAGAGCUCGGACACAAUCGAGAAUGUCAAAUCCAAGAUCCAGGACAAGGAAGGAAUUCCUCCGGAUCAGCAGAGGUUGAUAUUCGCGGGGAAGCAAUUAGAGGAUGGACGAACACUCGCUGACUACAACAUCCAGAAAGAAUCCACCCUCCACCUUGUCCUCCGUCUCAGGGGAGGGAUGCAAAUCUUCGUGAAAACCCUCACCGGCAAGACGAUCACUCUGGAGGUGGAGAGCUCCGACACGAUCGAGAAUGUCAAAACCAAGAUCCAGGACAAGGAAGGGAUUCCCCCGGAUCAGCAGAGGCUGAUCUUCGCCGGAAAACAGCUGGAAGAUGGGAGGACACUGGCUGAUUACAAUAUCCAGAAGGAGUCGACGCUGCAUCUGGUGCUGCGUCUCCGUGGAGGAAUGCAGAUUUUCGUGAAGACCCUCACCGGAAAAACCAUAACACUGGAGGUUGAAAGCUCGGACACGAUCGAGAACGUGAAGUCGAAGAUUCAGGACAAGGAGGGAAUCUCGCCCGACCAACAGAGGCUGAUAUUCGCCGGAAAGCAGCUCGAAGAUGGACGAACUCUGUCCGAUUACAAUAUACAGAAAGAGUCGACUCUUCACCUCGUUCUCCGCCUCCGUGGUGGUUUCUGAACAAUCAUCCUUACUUUUCCAAAAGUUUGUUCUUCGAGAACGUUUUCUUGACUGCGUUUUCUUUUGGUGGAGGAAGAAGAACUCAUGCGUGUAGAUAAAUAAGGAAAAUGCUUGCUUUGAUUCAUCGUACUCUGCGCUUCGUCAUUUGCAUAAUUCUACGUUUUACUGUUUUCCCAUUAGGGUGUAAUCACAACUUCAACAAAAUGUCUGUCUAAUUGUUUCCAGUAUAGAUUUUGGGGGGCAAAUUUGAGAAAUAAAAAAGUUUGGAGGUUUCUUGUAA